AAUUCUCCGCACUUCACGCAGUAUUAAAUUCUAACCAAGCUUGAUUUAACCUCCAAACUUUCUGUUGUAAAGAGGUUAAGUGAAGGCAAAAAACUUAGAACGAAUUAAAUUUUCUUAUUUAAAAAAAGCUCGCACGAUGAAUUCUUUAGCGAGAAUUUCACGUAGGAAAUUAUAUCAGGAGCUGAUAAUACGGCUGCAAUCAACAACUACUUCAUCAUCCUCAUCCUCGGAUAUUUAUAUUCCAAACAGGAUAGAACGUGGUCCAACAGAUAUUCUAAAAGCUCUUGAAAGUACAAUAUCCAGGGAUUAUACAGCGCCACAUUAUAAAUUUCAUGACGAUCCUUACUUGACGCCGCUGUCAAAAGCGCAGAUUCGCAAUUUUGCUUUAUCAAAAGAGUCUGGAAAGAAAGCUGCAAUGUGGGUUCGGGAUGAACAUCGUGACUUGUUCCAACACAAAGUAGCAGAUCCUGAAAUCAAGGCGUUUGUGCCGCCUCCCAUUUAUACAGAAGAGAGUAAAGUAACGGAGGAAACAUUAUUAUAUGAGAUAUCAAACGGUCAUGUUUCCAAUUCUAUUCUGAUAUACAAUUUACUACAAGGCGAACUGACAGUACCGACAAAGCAAGCUCUUCUGGAAUUGUUGUGUUUUUACAAUCACAGUGAAGCUACCAACACGGAAUUACUGGAGAGUCAUUGGUUUCAACUUAGCGAAAAACGCAUCAAGAACACGUGGAUAAAUCAUCCAGAAAUCGAUAUAUUAUUCAAAUUUUUAAAGGAACAAGAACCUACAAUAGCAGCUGCUGCGUACAAUGCAAUGAUAUGUGGUUUUGCUAAAUAUUUCAAUGCGGAUAAGGUUUGGUACAUGUAUAUGGAAUGUCAGGAAAAUAAUAUACCAUUAUCUAUCAAUGCAUAUAAUGGUAUAAUAUCGAUGGUACCAAUGUUAAGAGAAGGAGAGGAUAAAGCAAGAGCACUGAUAGCAGAUAUAUAUAAAGCAAUGGCCACAAACGGGAUCACUCCGAAUAUACAUACGUUUAACGCUGUUCUUAACACAGCGUUUACGUUCAGAAACAAACGAGUAGUUCUCGAUUUAACACGCAACGUAUUCGCCGAUAUCGCAAAUUUCAAAUUAAAGCCGUCAUUAACUACAUAUUAUUAUGCGCUGCGAAUUUUAAGUAAAUUCGGUGAUGCGGCCUACAAGACUUUUACGAAAAUCUUGAAGUCUUUGAAGGAGGAGACUCUUGCGAUCCAAGAUGUAAGAGACUUAAAUUUCUUCGUUGCUGCGAUGGAAAUGGCUUCCAAACAAUUUUGCGAACGUCAAGUGGGCGAAAUGGUCAACGAGCUUCUUCUCUCUGGUGAAAAUUACAAAUUCAUCGGCGACAGCUACAAAGAAAAUUUAUACUACCGAGCGUAUAUAGAAUUAAUAUUGGCGACGGAAGAAUUUGAAACGUUUUUCAAAAUCUAUAGCAAGCUCGUACCACACGUGACUAUACCGGAACCCGCCGUGAUGAAGGCUAUAUUAGAAGCUGUUCAAUUAUAUCCCGCGGAGACUGCCACGCAAUAUAUACCAAAACUCUGGUCGCACAUGGUCACGUUCGGUCAUUUGGACAGGGAAGGUUUAUUGGAGAAUAUAUUGCACUUGAUGAGCGUACAUUGUAAACCCGUGCCCGAUUCGCCGCUGAACGCGCAAUUCGCGGAGAUCGCACUCACUAUCUGGGAUCAUAUACAAGUUCAAAAUACUAAAAGAAUACAGCAUAUUACGAUGUCUAAUACAAUAGUGGGCAAUAUCAUAAUACUACUUCUACGAGGAGAUAAUUUCGACAAAGCGAUGGAAGUUUUGUCAUUGUUAAUUGAAUCGCCGCAUUUGAUAAUCGGUACCAUUAUGGCGGAUUAUGUACGCGAAAUAUUCGAGCUGUGUUUAGCGCAAGCGCAUGUUCCGGCAAUUUUCAAUCUCCUAGAAUAUGUUAUUUCUAACGAUCUAGAAGGAUCCGCAGAAAUGGCUAGAAAGUUGCAAGAAACUGUACCCCUUACGCCCGUUCAGAAAAACAUAUUAAUUAGCUUAGUGGGUAACGACAUUCUCGAAUUACAGCUGUCCGAUGAGAAUUAAAUGAAGCACAAAGUAUACAUUUGGUCCUUGAUUGCAAUUUUGUAUAGUUAGUAUGACGAUAGCACAGUGUAUAGAAAUGAAUGCAGAAACAUUUCAGAGAUCAAAAAUUAUAACAUAAGAAAAUAUCACCAUGAUAUAAAUAUAUCUUACUAAGAUAUAUGAAAAUAUAUAUCAUUUUUUUUUUUCAACGUAAUUACUAUGAUUCUUUGAAUCGAUCCACUAUUACUUAACGCAAAUAUAUAAAACUGUUUUUAAGAAUAUUUAUAUAUAUUAUAAAUAUUCUUUAUAUGAAACUGUAAUAUGUAUGUAUCACCCUGGAGAAAAGAAACUUGCUUGACAGA